CACCACGCCCAACUAAUUUUGUAUUUUUUGUAGAGACAAUGUCUUGCUAUGUUGCCUAGGCUGGUCUUGAACUCCUCAGCUCAAGCAAUCCUCCCUCCUUGGCCUCCCAAAGUGCUGGGAUUGUGCUGGGAUUACAGGUGUGAGCCACCACACCUGGUCUGACUUCCUCAUCUUUAGGGCCCCAACUCUGCCCUUAUCCAGGCAACUCUCCUCUCCCCAUCUUCCACUAACUUCUUUGGAAUAUUCCAGAGCUGUAAAAGCCUUAGAGAGUAUCAAGUCCGACUCCUAUGUGUUACAGGCAGGGAAACUGAGGCCUAAAGAGGGUAAUGGACUUGCCUAAGAUCGCUUAGUGAGGUGAGAGAAAAAAGAGCUAGAGACAGCCUAGCCUGUGCAAGGACACAGUUCCAGGCAUUCAGAGCUGGGCUCUGCUGCCGGCAUGUUUGGGGCCUGGUAGUUAGUUCACUGCUGAACUACCAGGUUAGAUUUUCUUUCUCCAAGUUGUGGGGCUUUCAUAAACUUUUCCUGAAGGUCUUCCUUAGAAUGUACAAUUCUCCUCUGGGCCCGGUCAUGGGCGCCCCUCACAGGCUCUCUCUGGUCCCCUUCUGUAAAAUGAGAGGAAAAUGGAAGAAUUGCUCUACUCAUGGAAUCUUCAAUAAGUCUGGACCCUAUGCAUAUAGCAUUGCUACAAAAUGGCAGAUGCACUUUAACAAUCGUGUUUAAUAAAAGGUUGGAUUUGCAUAUCUUAAGUGGGGCAUGCAGUCUCCAACUGAACACAAGCCUCACUGCUCCCACAUGUGCACUGCACCUUCAUAUACAUAUUUCCUGCUUGGCUCCUGAGGGAAUUUGAGUAAUCCUAAGAGGAAGCCCUGUAGAAAAUGUCCCCUGGCCACACACCCCCAUUCCUAAGGAUGCAAGCAGGAGACAGAAACAUUCCCUGCAUCUCCCUCCUUGCUGUCAGAAGUGCAAAGAGUUGAAUCCUUCCUAAUGCCCACUUCUUACCUACGCCCCAAAUCCCCAGGUCCCGUGGAGGUCCUUGGGGGCCUCCUAUAUCCUGGUGGUGUCAGGUUGAUUUGGAAAUGUCAGUGUCCUCCCUUGUCCUCUCUGGCCGACCCUGGGUAUGUGUAUGUUUCAAUGGAAGUGAAUUUAAAUGUACUUUAUAAAUCAAAGACUUUUUCUGAGACUUUGGAGAGUUCCAGUAAUGAGAGCUUUUCAUUGUUAUCAAAGCCAGGGCUGGAGACCAGUGGCAGUUGGCCAAGAUCUGACCGUGAUGGCGGCCAUUGGCUUUGGCUUCCUUACCUCGAGUUUCCGGAGACACAGCUGGAGCAGUGUGGCCUUCAGCCUCUUCAUGCUGGCGCUUGGUGUGCAGUGGGCAAUUCUGCUGGACGGCUUCCUGAGCCAGUUCCCUCCUGGGAAGGUGGUCAUCACACUGUUCAGUAUUCGGCUGGCCACCACGAGUGCUUUGUCAGUGCUGAUCUCAGUGGAUGCUGUCUUGGGGAAGGUCAACUUGGUGCAGUUGGUGGUGAUGGUGCUGGUGGAGGUGACAGCUUUAGGCACCGUGAGGAUGGUCAUCAGUAAUAUCUUCAAUACAGACUACCACAUGAACCUGAUGCACAUCUACGUGUUUGCAGCCUAUUUUGGGCUGUCUGUGGCCUGGUGCCUGCCAAAGCCUCUACCCAAGGGAACGGAGGAUAAAGAUCAGAUAGCAACGAUACCCAGUUUGUCUGCCAUGCUGGGCGCCCUCUUCUUGUGGAUGUUCUGGCCAAGUUUCAACUCUGCUCUGCUGAGAAGUCCAAUCGAAAGGAAGAAUGCCGUGUUCAACACCUACUAUGCUGUAGCAGUCAGCGUGGUGACAGCCAUCUCAGGGUCAUCCUUGGCUCACCCCCAAGGGAAGAUCAGCAUGAGUUAUAUGCACAAUGCGGUGUUGGCAGGAGGCGUGGCUGUGGGUACCUCAUGUCACCUGAUCCCUUCUCCGUGGCUUGCCAUGGUGCUGGGUCUUGUGGCUGGGCUGAUCUCCGUCGGGGGAGCCAAGUACUUGCCGGGGUGUUGUAACCGAGUGCUGGGGAUUCCCCACAGCUCCGUCAUGGGCUACAACUUCAGCUUGCUGGGUCUGCUUGGAGAGAUCAUCUACAUUGUGCUGGUGGUGCGUCAUACCAUCUGGAACGGCAAUGGCAUGAUUGGCUUCCAGGUCCUCCUCCGCAUUGGGGAAUUCAGCUUGGCCACGACGAUAGCUCUCACGUCUGGUCUCCUGACAGGUUUGCUCCUAAAUCUUAAAAUAUGGAAAGCACCUCAUGAGGCUAAAUAUUUUGAUGACCAAGUUUUCUGGAAGUUUCCUCAUUUGGCUGUUGGAUUUUAAGCAAAAGCAUCCAAGAAAAACAAGGCCUGUUCAAAAACAAGACAACUUCCUUUCACUGUUGCCUGCAUUUGUACGUGAGAGACGCUCAUGACAGCAAAGUCUCCAAUGUUCGCACAGGCACUGGAGUCAGAGAAAAUGGAGUUGAAUCCUUUCUCUGCCACUCUUUGAGGAGAAUCUCACCAUUUAUUAUGCACUGUAGAAUACAACAAUAAAAUACAGCCAUGUACCACAUAAGAA